UGAGAUUGUGAAGAUGUUUUUAAUAAGGAUUUUAAAGUAGAAUUUUAAUUUUUAUUCUCAAAGUGUUUUUUUUAAUUUUUUCAAAGCUUUGACACUUUGAAUGCUUCAAAAGCACUGGAAAUAAAUUGCUUAAUUGAAGAAGAAUAGGGAUUAUAAUCCCAUUUUACCCUGUAGUUCCUUUUAGGAGCUUUAAACUGAUACCAUCUUAACCUGAGGAGAGCUUUAAUUGUCAGCAUGAGAGGAAGAUCUCAAAUAAGGUCUUGAAAACCAUUAGCAGAGCAAAUUUCUGCCAUAUGAGGCAGUUUAGAAAAAAGAGUCAGAGCAGUGGAGAUGUUGAGGGCUCUUGCCCUUCUGGUGGAUUGGAAUCCGGUCUGUCUCACAAUGAAAAUGUGUUUACGCAAACAGUGUGUCAAUAAAACACUAAGCACCAUCACGGGGACUCUCCCAGCCUGGUAGUUAAGUUGUUCUGGGAAGGGCAGAGGGUGGAUUCAUACGUAUUUAGGCAGAGGGAAUUGGAUUGUGCUCUCCAGCUUUCUGAGUGAGUAAACAAACUCUUAAGCUACUCUAUAAAAAACAUAAUGUCACCAGUUUGGUUACUAGUUCCCCAGUGUGUUUUUUCCAGCUGAGACUGGCAAGUUUGACCCUGUUUUAGCAUUUCUGGAAUAGCUGCAAUUUUCUAAUUUUGAUAAACUUGACACAAAAAACCCCCAAACUCUUUCCUGCUACAGCCCUUACAGAACAGAAAUUAUUUUUUUUUCUCUCCUGUAGUUAUUGAAACAGAUCCAGCAAAGAAAAGUGAGAAAAUUGAUUAUCCAGUUUAUCUGGGUUGGAAACAGGUCAUCUGUUUCUCAUAGGUGCUUGUAGUUUCCAACUUAAUUGUGAACAUUCUGUAACAUGGCAGUAGGAAAAAUCCUUUAUCAUCCUGGCCAAUCCUUGGUUCUCUGCCACAACUUAUCACCUUACUCCAAACUUUUCCAAAAAGUCCACAGUGUCUUCUUUAUUGUGUACACACCGUCAUGAAAAAAAAAAAAAAAAGAAAAAAACCCACCAAACCAAACAAACCUAAACCUACUUACAAUCUUAUUUUCCUCAUUCCUGAAACCUCCUAACCUGGUGGACUCGUUGGAGUGCAUUUCAUGCAUUCUUAGCAGAUAGGCUGAAGGAAACGCCUCGUUCUGCGCAGCUGGAGGCUAGAAAGUGUGGGGAGUUGAUGAAGUGGCUUGUCUUCUGCUGCAGUCGCUGCAGUGCACUCCGAGCUGGCCGGGCCCGGGAGGGAUCCUGACCCACUGGACACAACAUGAGUGUCUCACAUCUGGAAAAUAUGACUGGUGUGACACUGCUGCUGACAGUGAGUUAAGUGUAGUUCCUGCCUUAAACCUGUAAAUUCUGGUUGACCCGCAGUGAGUUUCAACAGUCUUGCGCCAAAGUUUUAAGCAGAUGGCAGACUCACCACAUUCCUAGGUGAAGCAACUAAAUUACUCUUAAAAGUCUUUUUGUUUUGGAGAUCUGUGCUGACAGUGAUUAAGGAACUGUUGAUCAUUGAAAAUGGAUGAAACAAAGAAGCUUUCCCCAAAGUCAAGUAAAAGCAAAGAGCCUGUGAAAACAGAAUGGGGAUCCCAGAGUGUGGUGUUCACCUAUUUCCAAGGAGACAUUAACAGCAUGGUAGAUGAACAUUUUUCUAGAGCACUCAGCAAUGCCAAGAACCCCCAAGACCUGAGCACAAAGCACAGGGCUGAGACAGUUGUCCUGAAAAAUGAAGACAGCAUGUCUCCCCAUCAGUGGAAUUUCUCUUCACGUUGCUACAAACCAUACCCAUCAUCUUCGUCAGCAAGCAUGGCAAAUUCUGCUCUAAAUUUUUCUGCUGCUGGUGUGGUAGGCCAGUGCCCACCAUCGUCUCUGCGUAGUUGUCCAGCUCAACCUGCAGAUUUAUGGCCCUUCCCUCCAACUGGGACUCCCAGUGUCACCAGUUCAGUGUAUCCUCACACCCUCCCUGACCUGUAUGCAGCUGAUGAGCUGAUGUCUGACAGGAAAUACAGUUCUCUGCUUGGCCUUCUGCAACAGGAAAGGUGCUUAACAUCCAUGCAAGAAUGCACCAUGAAGCAACACUCAAGUUCUGCUUGUACGACUGGACCUGCGAGGUUACAAAAUCUGAGUCAAAGUUCAGCUCCUGGGGGAGAGAGGAAAGCAAGCUCUUACCAAGAAAAUCCCAGUGUAAGCCAUGCCACUGCAGGUAUUCAGAUUCAUGACAGAAGACGAGAUUUGUACUUCUAGCAACUGAAUGUUUCUACUUCGUUCUGAAAGAGAAUGUUAUUUCUGUGAACUUUUAUUAUUUGCAACUGUGAAUCAAGAAAUGAAUUGCAGCUACCCUGUGUUUUUUCUCUCAGCUGGAAGAAUACAUGUACUAUUUGCUGUUUGGGGGAUGACAAAAUAACCCUUUUCUAUGUAGUAAAUUAUUUCUAAUGUUUGUUGUAUUAACCUGGCAGUAUGUUUGUUGUGGCAAUAUAUUGUUUAUUUAAUGCUUUUCAUGUAGAUCUCUUGAAAAGACUCCUGCACUUUUUAAUCUUUCUGUGUUUAUUAAUUUAUCACCUCCUGAUAAGAAGCACAAUUCUUAUCAAUGCAGCUGAUAACCCGUAAGUGCAGGGAUGCAGUUAGCAUAAUCCAACGCUGCAGCUUCUUAGUUUGAUUUGAUAUCUCCAUGUGGUUUAAAAUAGUCCUAGGCCACUGGCAAGAGACUUCAACCACAGGCCAGCAAAGCACAUUAUUGUAUUUAUGUUUUAAAAGUGCAGCAAUUUGUGACCAUAGUUGCAGUUCCUGGGGAUACUCUUCAGAAGUUAUAUAAUAUACUUAUGCAUGAAGGUUCUCUUUUGCCCUCUUACUAGUGUAUAAUCAUCUUCUAGAAAGCCAUACAUUCACAGUAGCUCUGAGAGGAAGCCUAGAUUCUCAUUGGGUGUAAUUAAAAUACCGUUCAACAAAAGCUGCACGUAGCAGUGUUCUAUUUUCCCAGCCUCUCUGCAGGUGUAUAAGAUUGUUUUUCUAAAUAAGUUCUGUGGGGUUUUUCCAAUCUCUAUUGUUUGUACAUGUAUGGUAUAUUAAUAUGUGUACAAUAUAAUAAUAAUGUACAAUACAUGCAUUGUAUAUUAAUAUGAUAUAAUGGAGCAUGCUUAGCUUUUCCUGACAGCUCUACUCAGUUGCUGAAGGCAAUUUGACCUCGUGAUUUUAUAGAACAAAUCUUGAGAUGGUAUAAAUGUUUCUGGCUGUUGCACCAGACAUCUCUGCUGUCACUGCUCCAGUUAUAACACCUUGUGUUGUUUUAUAAAUAAUAUGAGUUUAGCAACAUUAGAUGUUUAUGAUACUAAUUUACAAACUGAGAUUUUAAAAAUAAAUCUUUUUUUAAUUCUAC